AGUUGUAUGUACAAGUAUUAGGAGGACACCAAAUAGUCCGUUAUUUUCCAAGAACUUCUAUUAAGCCAGGUAAAACUAUUGUUCUUUUUCCAGAAAUAGACAAAAAUAAAUGACAGCUUCCUCGUUCUUCUCUCGUCGUCGAGGAGCUGGAUGGCGUCCUCGACAGGGCUUAGGGUUUCGUGGUCGUCGUCCUAGUUCCAAGAUUUCAUCCAACAUGGUCCUCGCGGCAUUCGCUGUUCUGUUCGCCCAACACCAAAUCAUCAAGAACUCCUGUUUGGCAGUGAAUGUGAAGGCGAUCUCCGCGUCCGCGACCUCUGGAGAGGUUGAGACUUCUGUUGUUGCCAAGACUAUUAGAGAUGAGCCUGCUAGUUGUAGUAGUUCAAAUACUUUAUCUUUCGAAUUCCGCAACUUGCAGAUCAGCAAGGCGGACAAGAUUCCAGCACUUCGCUCAGCGCUCAGCACGACUGGCCCUACAACUGCUGAAAGACAUCAUCAAGCAGAUCAUGGCGUUGUUGCUUCUGCUUCUAGCACUUCUGGUGCGUCUUCUGCAUCUGUUGAGCUCGAACCUCCAAGCACCAUUGCAGCCGCAGCCGAAGGUGAUGAAGAUAGAACUCUACUGAUCGCAGCUAAACCAGAUGAUGGGGAAAGGAUGAAGGAGCUGGCGAAGAACUACCGGUGA